UUGUUCGCAUUGGGCAUAUGCCCGCUCUUGUGUGUUGCAGGAGACGUCUUAUGUACGUGUUAUUCCGUCGUUAAGUAUAAAAGUGAACACCUGCAGGUUUCUCGAGGAUUGUACAAGUGAGACAGUCAUUCACCAUACCUCAUCAUGGCAGAGAGUGACAAGUUGAACUGGAUGUAUGAGGGUAACAAGUCAACCUUGAAUAGAGAGGAAUACUUGCUUGGUAAGCAAAUUGAUAGUAACUUUGAGAGACAGCAGGAUGAGGAGAAGGCGGCAGGUCCAGUGUAUAAAGUGGAGCACGAAAUUCUUCCCGGAUCCGUGGCGCGGAGGGAUCUUGGCCAGAUGCAAGUGGAUCUAGCCAGGAAGAUACAAGAAGACCCGCUUUUUCAAAUACGUAAGCAGGAGGAUCAAGCAUUGCAGGAGCUAAUGGAUAACCCGAUAAAGCGCAAACAACUAGAAAAGUUACGAAAAGCGGAGGCAGAAGGAGAGGACGGUAACAAGAAAAAGAAACACAAGAAACAGGAAGAAGAUAUUGACAAAAAGCUCUUUGCUAAGAUGGCUUUGUUGCUCCAGAAUGGCUCCGAGUCUAGUGAUUCGGACAGCGAUGAUCAUGACAGUUCCAGUAGCAGUUCCGGAAGUGAAUCGCCCGCGCCAGCCAAGAAGAAGAAGAAGCCGUCCCGCAAGCGGUCGCGGUCGCGGAGCUCCAGCGCUGGAGACCGGCGCAGCGGGAGUGAGGGGGCCUGCCGUGCGCGGCAGACGGCCCGGCCCGACGGCGUGCCAUCCAGGCGACACGCGGACAGUGCAAGCCGUCCGGAGAAGGACGGCGGAGCCGGGGAGAAGUGUGGCAGAGGACGGGACGGCAGAGGCGGUGAAAGGCACAGGCUGGAGGAGGGCAGCCGCGGUGCAGACAGGGAACGAGCGAAGCAGGACAGCAGAGGUGGACACAGGGACCGAGGAGAGCAGGACAACAGAGGCGGUCACAGGGACCGAGGAGAGCAGGACAACAGAGGCGGUCACAGGGACCGAGCAGAGCGGGGGAGCAGAGGCGGUCAAAGGGACCGAGCAGAGCGGGACAGCAAAGGCAGUCGCAGAGAUAAAACCGAGCGGGACGGCAGAGACGGAUAUAGAGAGCGAACGGAACGGAGCGGCAGGGACGAAGACAGGGACCGACGAGGGACGAACGGCAGUGGAGGAGGCCGGAACCAGUCGGAGAAGGUGCGAGGACGAGGUAGCGUCCUGUCGCAGGAGGAGAUGGAUAGGAAGCGUCAAGAAAUGAUGGACAACGCCAAGCUCCGAGAUCAGCAGCGGGCAGACAACCUAGCCAGGUACGACAGCGAGCAGGCGCGGGAGCAGCAGGAGCACGAGAAGGGCAGCGGCGAGGCGUCGUUUGUGCGGGACCAGCUGCGCGCCGCCGCCGACCGGGGCACCGUCGAGCAGCGCAUCCGCUCCAACCGCUACAACAUCCAGCGCUCGGCCGCCGCCAUGGACCGCAGCUUCGUCAAGCGGUGACGGCCGGCCGGCACGAUCUCGGUGUUCCGAAGGCCAGGCGUGUCAUGUUUCUGAACUCGGCCCGCCCGCACUGCUGUCGCGCUGUGAGGGCCGUGGGCGGACACUCGACAGGCACCCACUCACGCACGCACAGAGAACUUGCCCAGUAUGCCCGCGAAUGCUGCAGAACUGUGCCACAGGUGCGCUGGGCGGAUAAGUGUUGGUACUGUUUGUAAAAUACAAAUGAUGUAUUUGA